CCUAAAUUCAACCACACGUAAUUACAAAACUCUUUAUAUAAUCUCCUAAAUUCACUGCCAUUCUUACUUAACCGAAUUUGCCAAACCAUAUUUUCAACUCUUUCUUUCACGCAUAACAGUAAAACACAGAAGAAAUAUCACAGAGCAUUUAAGUUUCUGAUUUCUGAGAUGGAGAGGAGUUUAGCAGAAAAUGGUUCAUCUGGAACGUAUGGAAGCAGUGAAGAGGAGAUGUCAAUAACGAAAGGUCCAUGGACAGAGGAAGAAGAUUCAGUUCUCUUCGAUUACAUCACAGUUCACGGUGAAGGCCACUGGAACUCUGUCGCUCGCUACACAGGUCUCAAACGAACGGGAAAAAGCUGCAGACUGAGAUGGUUGAACUACUUGCGUCCCAACGUUCGACGCGGGAACAUAACGCUCCAAGAACAGCUCAUGAUUCUUGACCUCCAUUCCCGAUGGGGCAACAGGUACUAUACAUCAUCAUCAUUAUAUCAUCGCUUGAACGUGGUAAUUAUAAAAUUCAGAGUUAAACCAACUUUUCAUGUGUAUGACAUAGAACACGUUGAAGUGAUGUUGUGGUAUUUGUUUAGGUGGUCGAAAAUAGCUGAACAUUUACCGGGGAGAACAGACAACGAGAUUAAGAACUACUGGAGAACUAGAGUGGUAAAGCAGGCUAAGCAACUGAAAUGUGACGUGAACAGCAAACAAUUCAGAGACACGUUGCGUUUUGUGUGGAUGCCACGUAUGCUAGAACGGAUUCAGGCUCAGGCCUCAUCAUCGGCCCAAGCCCAAACCACCUUAGUGUCCAACGUUCAAGCCCACAGCGACCCUUGUGGUGGAGCCACCGCCACCGCCACUGCCUCGGCCAGUGACGCGGGUUUUCUGUCAGAGGCCUCAUCGGCGGUUGAUGUCCACGCCCACUCUCUCUCUGACUCCGGCGCGUCUUAUAGUUUAAUGGGUGGUGGAAGUUGGUGUUCGCAUGGUGCAGAAGAAGGUUAUGGCAGGGUAUGGGAAGAGAGAAACAAUGGGUACUCGGAGAUAGCAGGAAGUGGUUUUGGUGGUGUUGACAUGUGGACGGAGGAGAAUAUUUGCUUCUUGCAGCAGCAGCUCGCUGAUGACUUCUGACGCAUUUACAGUUUACAGUUUAACAUCGUCUUCCAUUGCUUACGUCACCUUGUCGCCCUAAGAUGAAAGAAUUGCAAAGCUUCUCAGAAACAUAAUUCAUAAACUGUAACAAGCGUGAAACAUGUUUUUUCAAGUUAGUUUAUUCUAAUUAAAAAUAAAUAAUAACAAUUAGAAUAAGUUUUAAAAUAAAUAAUAACACAUUG